GUUAUGUCGCGUCGUCUGCAAAACAAACCGCGUCCCAAACCACGCACUCGUUCGCAGGUCGCCGAGCCGCCUCCAGUAGACCCCGCGCCGCCAGAACAACACCAGCAACCACCGUCUGACGAUGAAAAGGACUCCGAAUGGCGCCCGUCACGCCCAGCCUCUCCACCGCAAAGAACAGAUGACAUUUCCGAAGGCUCCGAAGCCACUGUACGACCAGUCAGACCGGAACCGGUCAGUCGAUACGCAAACCUCAAUUACUGGAAGGCCAGGCGAGUGACAUUCUAUCGGAAUGGGGAUCCUUUUCAUCCCGGCGUUGAGUUCCGAUUCAAGCCAGGCAGAGAUCUGGUGUCCAUGGACGCGUUGCUAGAUAGAUUGUCUGAGAGAUUGGAGCUCCCACGUGGUGCAAGAUUCAUCUUUGGGAUGGACGGCGAUCGUAAAUAUAGACUAGAAGAGCUAGAAGACGGAGCAUCUUACGUCGUGUCGUCGUAUAAGACAUUCAAAGCCGCAAGCUACGGCAAAAAAAACGGCAUGUGGUACGGUGGAACAAGCACAGCUAGCGGCUGGUCUCGCGCUGGUACGCGUAAGCAAUCGGUGGCCGAGUCAGACGCGCCUCCUCCGGGCGGCGGCAAGGCUUCUAGCGGUCGAGUCAUACGGAUCAUUAAUAAUAUGGACCAUUCUAUACAGUGUCGCGUGCUAUUAAAUCUAAGGACAACACAACCAUUCGAAGAGGUUUUGGAAGAUCUGGGUCAAGUGUUGAAAAUGAGCGGAGCAAAGAGGAUGUACACAAUCAACGGACAAGAAGUGAGAAGUUUCUCCCAACUUCGUAAUGAGUUUGCUGACGUAGAAACAUUUUAUUUGGGGAACGUGAUGGUACCGCCAGCUCUGAGUCCAGGAGUAGCAGCACUACCUAUAGAAUCGCCCAUUCGACGAUCACGUUCAAGAGCCAACGUAGCUGCAAUCCCAAUAUCAGACGAUACGCGAGGGAGACGAGCUCGCAGUAAAAGCAGACCAAGAGUUCUCUACGCGCCGGAGGGAGAAAUCAUUCGUAAUUCUGACUAUACACUUUUAGAAGUAUUAAAGGAAGAGCCGAUGCGAGUGACGAUUCGUGGUCUGCGCCGAACUUUCUAUCCGCCCAUACACCAUCCUCCUAUAGAUAAUUCCCCACCAGACAAGAAAAUGCAGCUGGACUGGGUGUACGGAUACCGAGGGGCGGACUCCCGAAAGAACUUGUGGGUGCUUCCCACUGGUGAGCUGCUGUACUAUGUGGCCGCGGUAGCCGUCAUGUACGACCGUGAUGAGGACUCACAGCGGCACUACAUUGGACACACUGAAGAUAUACUGUGUAUGGAACUGCACCCGUCGCGCGAGCUCGUCGCGAGCGGGCAGCGCGCGGGGCGCGGACGGCGCGCGCAGGCGCACGUGCGCAUCUGGAGCACGGACACGCUGCAGACGCUGCACGUGUUCGGCAUGGCCGAGUUCGAGGCUGGGGUCGCUGCUGUCGCGUUUUCACAGCUCAACGGAGGCAGUUACGUUAUGGCGGUAGACAGUGGGAGGGAGAGCAUUCUGUCUGUAUGGCAGUGGCAGUGGGGGCACCUGCUUGGAAAGGUUGCUACACUUCAAGAAGAGCUGACGGGAGCUGCGUUCCAUCCUCUUGAUGAUAACUUACUGAUCACCCACGGUAAAGGACACCUCGCCUUCUGGAAUCGGCGCAAGGAUGGAUUCUUUGAACGGACUGAUAUUAUAAAACCUCCGUCUCGGACGCACGUGACCGCACUUCAAUUCGAACAAGAUGGCGACGUGGUCACAGCUGACAGCGACGGCUUCAUAACUAUUUACAGCGUAGACAGCGACGGAGCUUACUUCGUUCGCAUGGAAUUUGAGGCUCACAUAAAAGGAAUCAGUUCAUUGGUAAUGCUAUCUGAAGGUACUUUGAUAUCCGGUGGAGAAAGAGACCGAAAGAUCGCAGCGUGGGAUUCAUUGCAAAACUAUAAGAGAAUAACAGAGACAAAGCUACCUGACUCAGCGGGAGGUGUUCGUACCAUCUACCCCCAGCGGCCGGGCAGAAAUGACGGUAACCUCUACGUAGGGACCACGAGGAACAAUAUCAUGGAGGGAUCUUUGCAAAGACGGUUUAACCAAGUGGUAUUCGGUCAUUACAAAUCACUAAUGGGCGUAGCGGUUCAUCCGGAUGAUGAAAUGUUUGCGACUGCCGGCCACGACAAGAACAUCGCGCUGUGGAAGGGACAUAAGCUUAUUUUUGCUACACAGGUGGGCUACGAAUGCGUGUCGCUGAGCUGGCACCCGGGCGGCGGCGCGCUGGCGGCGGGCAGCGCGGAGGGGCACCUGGUCGUGCACAACGCGGACGCGGGCGCGCCCGUGUGCACCGUGCGCGUGUGCGGCUCGCCGCUUAGCUGCUUGCAGUAUAACACCGCCGGCGAUGUACUAGCGAUAGGUUCACAAAACGGCAGUAUCUACCUGUUUCGCGUGUCCCGAGACGGUUUUUCAUACAAAAAAUGGAAUAAAAUACGCGGCGCUCAGCCGCUCGUGCAACUCGAUUGGAGUCUAGAUGGCAACUACUUGCAAACGGUUACUGCCGACUAUGACCUAGCAUUUUGGGAUAUAAAAGCUUUGUCACCAGAAAAAAGUCCCAUGGCAAUGAAAGAUGUCAAGUGGUCUACUUAUAAUUCGACCAUUGGCUUCCUUGUAUCAGGAAUGUGGAACAACCGAUUCUAUCCAAUGACUUCGUUAAUAACUACCUCAAGUCGUUCCGCAGCACAUGAUCUUCUCAUAAGCGGAGACUCCGAUGGAUAUCUUCGAUUAUUCAGAUACCCGUGCGCCAGUCCGAAGGCGGAGUACAACGAGGUAAAAGUAUAUUCCGGGGCGGUGUUCGCCGCGCGGUUCCUCUUCAACGACCGCUGCGUGGUCUCCUCCGGGGGCUCGGACGCCGCGCUCAUGCUGUGGGAGCUGGCGGACGACUAGCGGCGGCGCGCGCGGGCCCCGCCGGCCGCGCCCGCCGUGCUCCUCGCCCCCCCCACGCCGAGCCCCUCGCCGCCCGCUCCCUUCCACGUGCUCGAUAUGGAUGAACUAGAUUGAAGACCAUUGCGGCACAAUACGUCGUGUAUCAGGUUCGAUACGAUACGAUGCGGAUUUGGUUGUUUUCCGCAAUCUCGUCUCGAUUUUCACUCUCCGUUGCGUACUCGAUUGUUAUGUGAAUUCUCGAUACGUAAUCGAUGAAAUGUUGAUGAAGCGAUUACGUGCGAAGCAGGUCAGAUAUAGCGUUGUCGCGUUCGAUGUUCUAGAAUAUUCUAGAAUGGCAGUCGUUGAAAAUUCCGUUGUCCCGACGUGUCAUUAUCAAUUCGGUUGAUAUUCGAUAUUUAUGUGGAUAAAUGCAGUUUGGAAGGAAUUUGUUAUAGCAAUGACUCUGCGUUAGAUGUUCUAGAAAAUACUAGAACGAUGCUAGUUCAGAAUUCCGCUAUUUGACUGUUACAUCAGCAAUUUGUUCAUACUUGUACUAUCGCUAUACAACUAAUCAAUGCCAUUUUUCUAACGACAUCUUUCUCGAAUUUGGGAAAAUAUGAUAGAAGGAUGUCGGUUUUGUGAUAUAUUCCGAAGCGGUUUCAGACUUAGAAGAAUGGUGCAAAUUAAUAGAAAUGUGAAACAACACCUUUUCACACAGUUUGACAAUUUUUAAUAUGCAUGUUUGUUGUGAACUCAGUUUUUGAAACAAAGAAGACGACAAGAAAGGAAAUUUUUUAUACCUUUCGAAAUUUAGAAUUGUUCGUUAAAAAAAACCUGGUGUAUGACAACAAAUGAACUUUUUAACAGUUUAACCUAAAUAUAUAUAAAUAGUACUGUGAAAGAUUGAGCAUAAAAUUAUCUAAUUAUUAUAGAUUCCAUACGAAUCUUCUCAAAUCCAAAAUAUGUUCAUAGAUGCAAUUAAUUUAUAGCUAGAUCAAUCAAUACGUCUAAGCUUUAAUCCAUUAUAAUGACGCAAUGUUAUCAGAGCCCAACUGUCAGAUUUUAAUCAAUGGUGUUUUAAAUAUUUUGUCAAUCCUGUUUUUAAUGGCCGAUAAAAAAUAUAAAAAAAAACUCGAACGGUGAUGAACACUGCUACUUUUAAUACAAACAAAUUAAUGUAAAGAACGAUUAAAUUAAAUAAAUAAAUCAGUAAUUAAAACGUAUCUAGCGUUUACAGUCCAAAUGUAAAUGAAGUCUUUCAAAUAAUUUUUAGCUUGAAAGAAAACAAUUAAAAAAAAAUAACUGCAGUAUAUCUUGAAUCGCCGAUAGAAGAAAAACAUGGUAACCUAGAAAUAGACGAAUCUCCCAGGUUUACACUAACGUGCUUUCUAACACUACCGCUUAUAGAUUGAAACGAACAAAAGAUAUUGCUCAUUUUGAUUUUCAAAAUAAACACGUGAAAUGUCUCAAUACACUGCCAUUGUUAAAUCGUAACACAAUAUCUUAUCUUCAGAAUCUUCAUAAACGAGAUGUAAAGGAAACAUUGUUUCUAUUAAUUCUGUAUAUUUAAUGGCAAGUCCAGAGGUAUAAAAAAAAAUAUCUUUCAAAGCGUAUGCUUUUAGUAACUAUUGUAAUACGUACCAAAGAUGGGUGCAUGUUAUAUAUCUCAUCUACUUUUACAUAAAGGUUAAAAUUGUAAUAAAUUUUUAAUCUAGAUAUAGGGAAAAGCUUAAUUGCAUUUAUUAUCUGCACAAAGAAGACGUAGACAUGCUUGUUGCAAAUGCAAAAUGUGUAAAGUUAUUUGGAAACGUGGCAGGUCCACAUUAGACGUAAAUUGUUUUUCACUUCAAACACUUUAUACGAUCACUUUAGUGAUUUAAUUACACUUUACUGUAAUACGUAUGUAAAAUUCUAUGUACGAUAUAUCAUUGCGUUAUUGUUAUAAAUGUAUCAUUACCGCAUGGAUAGCCAUAACUACUAGACUACAGAGGACCCAGAUAUAUCCAAAAUAAAUUUGAAUAAUAUUAAUUGACGGAUAACGGAUAUAACGGAUGUCAUAUCCGUUAUCAAUUUACAGCUUAUUAUUACUUCCUUAUAAUAUAAUCUCGAUUAAACAUAUUGCAUAUGACUUUAUUUCAAUGUAUUCUUUUAUUGGUAUCUUUAUUAAUUACUUGAGAAAGAUAUUACACAAAAUAGACUAUCAGGAUUUUUCUUUUUGAUUCCUGUUAACAUCAAGGGUAAAUAUGAUGGAACCGCAUUCCAUCUACAGGAAACAUUCUAUGACGAGCUAUAAACAAAACAAUCUGCAGAUGGAUUCUGUUUUAUCUAUAUAAGACUAUUCUUAUAUCAUUAUUAUGUCCCCUUACUUUCUGUGCCUAUAAAUGCUGUCUGUUGUCGGUUCACCUUCAUUAAAACAAUAUUUUAAGGCCUGAAACUAUAAGUUAUUAUUCUGUCCAGUAACACGGAGUGUUGUUUGCACAUGCUAUGGUGGCUAUUGACGUAACUGGUCUGGUUGGAUGAGCCAUGAUGACCUUCUAUUAUUGAGAGUAUUAUAAAAAGUUCCACAAUACUAUUUCAAGUCUAAGCCGAAUCAGUAUGCGGAAAAUAUAUUAAAGACUAUUAUAAAUAAAUGUUCAUUUUAGUAUUAAUUACUAGUCAUUAGAGUUAUUGUCAGAAAGAGUUGUGAUUGAGAAAGUUUUAUCACCUACAUUACAUAAUGGCAUACUUUUACAAAACGAUGAAUGUUAAUUCUUGAUUAUUGUUGUACCUAUUACAAAUUCUUUGUAACGUGGCUACCUAUUUCUGAAAUUCAUUUUGUCUCG